AGAGCCGCUGAAAAUGGUCAACCACGCCCGCAAGAUUUUCGGUCUGUUUAAACCAGCAGCUGAGUGGUUUAACGACCAUGUGCGAGGUUCAGGGCUCAGCGGACUCUGCAUGACGGGGUACACCACGAUCAGCACCGGCAUGCAGGGGGCAUUUGUGGAGCGCUGGCACAAGGAGACGUCCCCUUUCCACUUGCCGGUUGGGGAGAUGACGAUCACCUUGCACGACGUGCAGUGUCUUCUCCACCUGCCGAUUAGGGGGCCACUGUUGACCCACUCCAAGAUCCAGAGGGUGAAGGCCAUUGAGUGGAUGAUGCUCUACUUGGGCAUGGAGCACGAGGUUGCUCACUAUGAGUGUGCCACGACUUCUGGGCCUCAUGUCCGGUUCACCAUACUGAGCACUUAUUUUGAGCAUCAUCUGGACGCGGCUGCCGAGGCUGAGGGUGCGGGUAACAAGCUGUUCACAGAGUAUCACCGCGGCUGCGCUCUCCGGUGCUGGUACAUGCAUGUGGUAGGCGCUGCAUGCUUUGUGGACAAGAGUGUCAGGUACGUCGAUGUGACCUACCUCCGCUACUUCAUGGACCUGGAUACCGUUCACCAGUGGAACUGGGGGGCAGCUACUCUGGCAUACCUCUACCAGAAGCUGAAUGAGGCCUCCAACUGGAGGACGAGGCAGUUGGUCGGAUCCUGCACACUGCUUACGAGCUGGAUCAUCUCCUACUUCUCCCGCAUCCACGGCUUUCACAUCGAUCAUGCGUACGUGGACGCCAUGCCCAGGGCCGCCUUGGAUCGGGGUGUCGUUCAUCAGGGCGGUCCAGACGCAGUCGCCGUGAUGGAGGCGAUCGUCACUGAUGCGGGCCGUGCGGCAGGGUACAGGCGGCAGAGGAGGGCUCAGGGUGAGAGGGUUAGGCACACCCAGUAGUGGUCGGGUUUAUUUAUUUUUUGUUUUCGGAUUGUAUAUUGCGCACACUAUUACUAUUUG